AUGCAGAACUCCAACCCCACCAUUCUCAGUGCUGCUGAUCUUCCCACACGCCUACGUACCCCGGUCACGACAUCUAGUGUCAGCGGUACUGGAUUAUUAUCAUCUUCGCUUUCCACGCUUGUCAAUACGGAUGACGUGUUUUCCUUUGGGAAAUACAAUCCCGAUUCAGACAUUGAGAGCUUAGAUGAGUUGACAGAGGAGCCUAUCGAUGAACAAGAAGUUUUUGAACAUCCUAUUUCAUUGGGGGCUUUGGCCGUUGUCUCGCUUCCCGAUAUUUUGAUUGAGCCAUCGCUUCCAAGCAUACCUGAUUCACCACUUCGGACUGUUACAGUUUUAAUCACGCCUACCAUCUCUCACUGUAGCCUAGCGACUGUAAUAGGUCUGGGCGUACGCGUUCGUCUCGAGCAGUCACUCCCUUCAAGAUUCCGGGUUGAUGUGCGCAUCAAAGAAGGCACCCACAGUACCGCCGAUGAAGUCAAUAAGCAACUUGCGGACAAGGAAAGAGUGGCCGCAGCUCUCGAGAACGGCACACUGAUGGGAGUCAUCGGCAAAAUGCUGGAGACAUGCAAAUGA